AUGGUUGGUCUUCCUUAUCCUAACAUUUACUCGCCAGAACUAAAGGAGAAAAUGACCUACCUAGAUGCUACUUUAGGGGUAAGAAUGUAUACUUAUAGGUUUAAACCUUACGGGGUGCCGUGGGAAGGGAGGAUGGCGGAGGGUUUUCUUUGCAAGGAAAAUGACGUUCCUUGCAAAGAAACGCCUCCGCCAUCCUCCAUUAAGGUCAAAUGUCCCAGGUAUAUUUUCAGCCAUAGUUUUUGUGGUUUGCUAGUUUUCAUUUUAGGUGAAACUUUGUGCAAAUUUCAUACACAACAUUAUAUAGAAUAGUUCGUCAUAUCUCAAAUAAACCAUUUCCUUUUCUCGUUUUGCGUUCUUUUAACUCAGAGCAAAAGUUAUUUUUGUCAGUGGCCCCCAGAUUUCCAAAUUUUCCCGUUUUUAUUUCAAGUUUUGCGUCGAGAUUUUUUGAAGUAUUCGAAGUAACCUUUUGUGCCCGUAGGAUUGUGUGCAAAUUCCCUUCGUUUGACCACUCGCUGUAAUCUAUUCUAUAUCAUUCUAUAUCCAAUAACUAAUCUCGUCACAGUCCAAUCACUUACAGUUUUUGUCUCAAUUUUUUCCUCCUAGCGACCUCGUACAAGUCCGUUAAGGAAAAAAAAUAAAGAUGUAAAACUGAGAAGAACAUUUUCUUUAUUGGAGACAUCAUUGUUUACAAAAAUAGCUUUUUGUUAUUCAAAUUUAUAAACCAGUAAAACAAAUGAAUAUUUUGUUACAAGAAUAUUGCGCUUCUGGUUGACAGUUAGGUGCCAUGAAUCGAAAUCAAAAUUCAAAUAAGUUGAACAAGGGAAGUUGUUUCUAUUUGAAAGGCGAGAAAAACAAAAACAAAAAGCAGUUUAUUUAAUAACAUAUUUUCUUCGUUUGGUUCUUAUCGUUAUUUUCUUUCUUUCAGCCAAAAGCUGGUCAAACGCAUUACGAAAAUCUUUGCAUGAAAGCUGUAAAUCAGUCAAUAGGUAAGCACCGUUGGUUUUGUUUUAACAAAAGAAAAUUUGAGACCUCCUUUUUCCAUUGGCAGACACACUAUCCUGUGGUUGACAUUUUAGCGCUAAUUUCGUAGAGUACACAACGAAUCUAAAAAGUGACUUCUUGAACGCAGUACAUGCACAUUUUCUGAUGUGUUUUUAGAUCUAGGUUUUACCAGGCUAAGUAACAUUUAAGAUUACAAAAGUCUUUAAUAGACGGUUGCUAAGACGUCGGCUUCGCACGGUCAUUCAGAACCCUGUAUAAUAUUCAAGAAUAAUAUCUUCCAAUCGCUCAAACCAAUCAAUUUUAAACCAAUUAGUUCACUAGGUUUCUUCAUUUUCUUCCGCUUUAUGUCGGGUGUUGGUUGUCCCGGUUGCUUUUUUUCCGCGCUUUUCUCGGUUGCCUUCCUGCCAAACUCUGCACAAGCCACAAAUCAGUUGCCUAUUUGCUCGCAUUUCAGAGGGAAUGCUUGUUUGCCCGCAGUUGACCAGUUUCGUUGCACCUUUUUGCUUAUUUGAACGCAAUUGAUAAAUGUCCUUUGAUUAUUUUGAACAUCGCAACAUUUAUCGUGUGCUCCACGAUCUGAAGUCUCAAAAAAGUUGUCGUAACGGCUCAGUCAAUUCCAUGCGUGCCUAUCCCUUACGCGCAUUUGUAAUUUUUUUUUUUUCAGUUUUCUGAAAAAUAGCCCCACUGUACUGAUAUUGCUUUUCGCUUUUCAGGUCGUGCUAUCCGUCACAGGGGGGAUUUUGCAACAAUUUUGUUGUUAGAUAAGCGCUACGGAUCCGCCAAAAUAAAGAAAAGCUUACCAGGGUGGAUCUCAGAUAGACUUCAACAUCACGCUAGAUUCGGAUCUGCAUUUGCCACUAUUCGCAAGGUAAACUUGCUGUAA